GAAGAAGUGUUUGGGUUGCCGUUGAACAAAGGAAGCGUAACGAUCGUCCCAACAAUCGUGAACUCUCCGCGCCCACGGAUGCCACACAUGGGUGGGAGGGGCGGUGGUGCCAGGAGGGGCCGCCCACCCAUGGCCAUGCAGUAUGCUACAGGUAACAUUAUCACCAAAGGCCAAAUGCCAAUUAGGAUUACCAAGAAACCCAUGGGAAACAUACGUGGUGGCAAGGCCUACCAGACUAUUGCCAUGCCUGUGUCAGGUGGGGUGGCACCACAAGCUCUCUUGAACAAGAGUGUUGUCAUAACCCCAGCUACUAAGACUAGUACUGCUCUGGCCACUUCCAAAGCUGUACGGAACAUCAAACUUAAUCCAAAAUUGACGGUCACCACUACUGCCAAACCAGGAAGUGCCAUGCCUAGUACAAGUGGGGUGGCUGGAGGUGCCAAAUUGCCCAGCACCACCAUCAUACCCAAGACAACUAAGAAGACCACACUAUCACAGUUGGCAAACUUGCACCGAAAUGAAAAACUAAGAAAAUUGAAUCAAGCAAAGAAAGAACAAGAGAAAGAAACAACAACAGGUGUUAGCACUACCAAAUCUGAGUCAGGGGAAAGCAAGGACUCUGCAGAUGCUCCAAAGUUGGAGAAUGACGAAAGCAAAGUCUUGGAGAAGGAUCUUAAGCAGGAAGGAAAGAUGGGUGGCGAUGACUCUGAGGGCCCUGUCAAUCUCGUUAAUAAGAAGGAAAGCAGCAGCCCUACAAAGGAGGAGAAGGAUGCUGGUGAAGCUGCUGGUAAGGAGAGAGUUUCUGGUGCUGAGUCUGGUAUGGACACCAGUAAACUUGAAGGAUUGGCUGCUUCUAAUAGUCUCCUAGACAUGUCUGAGUCAGAAUUAAAGAAAACAACAGAGAACUCUCCGUUACCUGAGAAACAGAACGACAAGUCUGGAUCUGCCAGCUCUAUUAACUCAACAGGUUUAGGACAGUCAGAAGGGGGAGCCACAAAUUUGAGUGGCAGUAGUUCUUCACCCUCUCUCCAUUCCAAUGAGGUGGUUCUGGGUGCCCCAUCUAAAUCAGCAGUUGGCUUUGGAAUGAGAGACCUAGCAAAACCAUUGUCAGGUUCAAUGAGCAGCAGUGAAAGCCGCACUGGCAUAGUGAAGCCACAAGUGCAACAGACACCAAGCAAACCCACAGCCAGCCUGACCCCACUACAAUCAAUGAGCAACCUUCUGCCACCUGGGGGUCCUGGACCCCCUGCAGCUGCACACACUAGUCUCUCUUCUGCUGCCCUGGCUCACUUGCCACCAUUCUCUUCUCAGCAGGCCUUCCACUCCUCUCAGCCACUUUUCCAGCCAUUCUUACAGCAGCCAGCACAGCAGCAGCAGCAGCAGCAACAGCAGCAGCAGCAGCAACAGCAACAGCAGCAGCAACAACAACAACAGUCAGGAGGCAGUAGCAGCACUACCAGCAGCAGUACUUGGGCUAAGAGCAACAUGGACACUGCUGUACCCACCACCAGUUUAGGCAGCAAUGUGGCCCAGGUUGCUCCUCAUGUCCACCAGUCUGGCUUGUCAUCUUCCAAUUCAUACACUUCGUCUCAGUCUCCAUUCCUACCUUCAACUACACACGCACAAUUUAGCGGCAACGGUGGGAGUUAUGGAACAAUGUCAAGCAUGGCAAGUUCGAUGCCAGCCACAACACAGCAGAGCACUACAUCAUACCCUGCAAUGUCAGAGAGCCCACAGCUCUCCCAGCAACAACAACAAAUACAACAGUCACAGCAGAGUUCACUGAGCUCAACUCUGGCACAUGCUGGAAGUGGACUGGUGACCAGUUCAAGGAGUGGCGGACUUGGUGGUGCCGACAGCCCCAUCAAUUUGUCACAUUUACUUAAUUCUCAAGUAUUUGAUGCUGUCCCAGAAGAUCUGAGCUCUCCACACAGUCAUGCUUCUGCUCUGGACUACCUCAACUACACACUCUCAACGGGCACCAGUGCUUUCCGCCGACCUGACUACCAGGCCACACUUAGCCCUGACUUGCAAUCAUUAAUCAACUCUGCAACUUCCCAGCAAUCUCUCACCUCUUCACUACCCAGUCCAGCACAUGCAUCGUCAAACCCCACAGUAACAUCACCGUCACCCUUCCCAGCAUAUCAGCCUCCCACUUACCCUCAGUAUGCCCCCUCCUACCGGACAGGGACAUCAGUCUCGGCCAGCCCAUACGCAGCAUACGCAGGUCAAUACCCUCCAUAUGCUGCCCAGUACCCCCCUGGUCUAAGCCCACAUUCUGCAACUACACCACAGCCUCCCACUAUGGGCCAGUAUGGGGCCCUACACACACCUCCCAGCCCCUACCAAACCUAUCCUGCACCUCCGACACCUGGCCGAUCACCGUAUUCGUCUACCCUCGGUGGCUUUAGCCAUGGCCCGUAUCCUCCCAUGUGAAAAUCCCCUAAAUCUAAGAAGAAGGAUCGUAGACAGACUUGAAAAUACCUAAUGUAUAGCAUGAGACUGAUCUAGUUAAUGUAAUGUUAUUGACAAAUUAAGGUUUGUUUACUUUUAAGUGGCUUUAAGUAACAGUCCAUUUAACGAGGACAAAUCUCAAUGAUCAGCAACCGUUAUAAAUUGCCUCUUUAACAAGGCUUGGGACCAGGAUCCCCAUUCCACUUUAUGAGCGUUAAGAAAAUCUUUAUGGCACAGAAAAUUUCUUGCCUUAUCCCCAAAAAUAUGCAAAUACCGAUCUCUGUUCGCCAGUAGUUACUGAUGCGGAAAAUGUGUUGCCACCAUGUGUGUAUAUAGUAGAGGAGAGAGACAAGGCAAGGCGGCCUGGUUAUGAAGUGGCAGUAUAGGUUGAGUCGGGCCUCACUGACAAGACUAGACACCAAGGCAGUGAAUUACAGCAGGUUCUUAACUUACAGGCACCCAGGUUACACUCACUUAACAUCCAGGUAAUGUUUUACAUGUUGUUCCCCUCUGUUGUAGUUUUAGUGAGUUCGAGUGCAUUACAAGUGAUCAAAAGCUUUGACUCCUCCCUUCCCAUUAUAUUUCAUGUUCAGCAAUGCUUGUGUUGCAUCUCCUGCAGACAUAGAUUGUCUUCAGUGCAUUGGCGAGCGUUCUCUUGUAUGGGACAGUGAACUCACUGACUUGACUCCUUAUUACUUAGUUCAAGACCUACCAGUUUUAUGGGGGGAAGUCUAAUUUUCAGACACUUUCUAGCACUGUCUCAUUGCCCUCAAGACUGCUGACAAUAGUGUUGAUCUAAAUACCAACUAACAAACUGUUUUCUAUCAAGCUGUAAUCUUUCUUUAUCAGUGUUGGCUACGUAAUCAUAAUCUCACAACUAUAUAUUGGACAGAGUUGCACAUACACCUGGACAUUCUCCUGGUACCUCUGUUAGGAUGUACAGGCAUAAUGCCAUCAUGUAUGGCUAUGAUGACAUAAUAUACAGAAGAACAAAAUGCACAAUACUAUGACUGGAACAAUACACAAAUAAUAUAGAAAAAACUUAUAAUGUUUCAGUCUGGCUUGUACCACUGGCAAGUUACACUAACACCUUCAAGUGUUAGUGUAACUUGUCAAUGGUACAAGUCGGUCCAAAACAUCAUCUUUUUCCUGUGUGAGAGUUAUUUGUGUAUAUACAGGUUUUUAGUUGUAGGGUUUAUUCAGGGUAGACUGUUAUCAGGUCAAGGUAAUGCUUUAUCAAGUAACUUAAGAAGUUAAGAUUGGAGGAGCACUGCAGCUUGCCUACUGAACCAUGCUACUCAGGCCCUUCUCACAUCCUACCAUUUUCACUCAUAUUAGUCCAACCUCUUUAAAAAUACCAAAGGUUAUAGCAUCAUUAACCCCUACCUGGCAGAAUGUUUCACUCAGUGUUAACUCUUGCUAAACCAUGUUUUUUUUUUUUUUUUGUCCUUUCUAAGUCUGGAUUUAUUUAACUUGAUACAUUAUUUAUAGUACCUUCUUGGUUAAAUAUCUUUGGAACCCCAGUAAUUGUAAUACCUCAGAACCCCAGUGCCCCAAGAUCUUGUUGUUCCAUCAGUCCGUUGAUACCCAUGAUGAUGUGGGGCCUCAGCUUUUGUGCUGACAACUUCACCACCUCUUAACUCAUUGUUCUCUCUUUCAGAGAGAACAGUGAGAGAGAACAUUGUUCUCUCAGAGAGAACAAUGACUGUUCACUUCUGACUGUUCUCUCUAUCAGACAACAUGUACACAACUCUACUGACUUCUAUCAGAGAACAUGUACACUAUACUACUUACUGUUCUAUCAGAGAACAUAUACACUACUGCCUGUUCUACCAGAGAACAUGUACACUACUGACUUCUACCAGAGAACAUGUACACUACUGACUUCUACCAGAGAACAUGUACACUACUGACUUCUACCAGAGAACAUGUACACUACUGACUUCUACCAGAGAACAUGUACACUACUGACUUCUACCAGAGAACAUGUACACUACUGACUUCUACCAGAGAACAUGUAUACUUCACAUAUCUUCACUUCUCUACUUGUUAAUCAUUAAUAUCAUUAUAUUAUUUAUAAGAGAGUACAUAGAAUACAAGUCCUGUCCUUUCCAAGACUUUGCUUCCUCUCUUCCCUACCUUCACUGCUGACUGUCAGCUCUCUUCCCUACCUUCACUGCUGACUGUCAGCUCUCUUUCCUACCUUCACUGCUGACUGUCAGCUCUCUUCCCUACCUUCACUGCUGACUGUCAGCUCUCUUCCCUACCUUCACUGCUGACUGUCAGCUCUCUUCCCUACCUUCACUGCUGACUGUCAGCUCUCUUCCCUACCUUCACUGCUGACUGUCAGCUCUCUUCCCUACCUUCACUGCUGACUGUCAGCUCUCUUCCCUACCUUCACUGCUGACUGUCAGCUCUCUUCCCUACCUUCACUGCUGACUGUCAGCUCUCUUCCCUACCUUCACUGCUGACUGUCAGCUCUCUUC